AUGCGGGCUCGCGGCGCGAACGCGCGCGACGGAACAUCCGUCGUGGUCGUUCGCGACGACGGGCGCGACGAUGCGCGGGGCGCCAAGGGCCAGGGCGCGAGCGGAUUGGACGCAAUCUUCGCCGCUAUUCCAGAGAAUGAAUUGCGCUCGACGGAUAACGCGAAUGAGAAAAAGAUGACGCACGAGAAGCGGACGUCGAAGAGACGAGAGGGGGAGCGCGAAAGUGCGGAGGCGCGAGCGAAGACGAACGCGGCGGCGUCGACGCCGGUGGUGAGCCAAAGAAGGGGAGAGGAGGGACGGAAGGCGACGGCAAAGGUGGAUGCAAAGGGGAAGGCGCGUGAGCCGCUGCCAAAGCCCGAAUACACGCCGCAGUGCCCGCGGUGUAAGAGCGAGGACACCAAGUUCUGUUACUACAACAAUUACAACAUUAAACAACCGAGGUUUUACUGUAAAGAGUGCUGCAGGUACUGGACGGAGGGUGGCUUGCUGAGAAACGUGCGCGUCGGUGCCGGGCGCAGAAAGAGCAAGAGCGCAAAGGAUAAAGAAGCGGCGAACACGGUGACGGACAAGCCGGCGGUCGGUGACGACGCACUUGGAGCGAAACGAUCCAGACGAACAGGCGAUGACAACCGAGGACGAGAGAAAUCGGCACGAAACCAGAAGCGCGAUGGAAGCUCGGACGGGAGCGCGACGGAAGCCGAGCAAGGCGAAGGGACCUUCGAAUACGCCAGGGGAUUUCCUCACGGGUCGAACACGGGUUCUGACACGGCUGUGCGAGGUAGAUCGCCUCCGGAGGAGCAGGGCAGCGCCGAGGGCGAGGGUUCCCAGAGACCGGGAGAUCACAUGCGCUUCCUCGGCGGGUGGGGCAUCGAUCCAUCCGUCGCCAGAUAUGUCAGCACUGGUCUGUUGCCGCCGAAUGACGACGCGAUUCAGGCGCAAGCGGCGGCGGCGGCGGCGGCCUCAGCUGCAAUCUUGAACGAGGCUACGCGUUGGGGUAUGCAUUUCUGGAACAAGCAAAGCACCUUUCCGUACAACAUGCCAUCAAGCUCGUCGACGUCAACGAUGAGCGAGUUCCCAGGGAAUGCGCAGGUUGGUAGAGGCGGAGUGCCGACUCCGAUCGCCCUUGCGGCACUGAAGUGCGAGCGAGUCGCGCAACCGACACCGCUGCAUCCGACAGCUGCUGCUGCUGCGUCGACUUAUGGUACCGUGCCGCGGACACAGGGCACGACGACACCAACGACGGCAGUGAUGCCAUCGUCGCCUAUGGCGAUGCAGUACGUGUCGAUGUUCCAGAAUCCUUGGGCGCAAUUCUGCGUACAUUCGGAUAAAGGGUUCCAAGCGAACCCUGCGAUGUUCCAGGAAAUGCAGCAACAAAUGUUUAACCAGCAAAUGGCGCACUUUAUGCAGUUACACGGAGGAAUGUUCCCCACGUUCGGAGGUUUUCCAGGCGCGCCGCAGCCACAGCAGAGUACACAACCACAGCAGCAGGAAGGUAAAAGCGAAGCAGAGCCCUCUGAGCGAAGACAAAACACUAGCAAAUAA